GGGUAGGGGAGGGUUUGCCAGGGGGUCACAGACCCCAAACCAGGUAAUUGAGGGGCACGCUUUAAGCACUGUCUGACCAGUCAGAUUCUCGUUGGUCCUGCUAGACCUCCCCACCCUUUUUUCAGGUCACUUUAAGCACAGGAUAAACCUUUGUUUUGUGAAAUCCGCACUGGCCAAAUCCCCGGGUUCAAAAAUCAUGGUUCAGGCCUGAAAAAUCAUGACUUUAAACCAUUAUGCUCAGUGGUUUGAGCAUUGGCCUACUAAACCCAGGGUUGUGAGUUCAAUCCUUGAGGGGGCCAUUUAGGGGUCUGGGGCAAAAAUUUGGAAUUGGUCCUGCUUUGAGCAGGGGGUUGGACUAGAUGAUCUCCUGAGGUCCCUUCCAACCUGGAUAUUCUAUGAUUCUAUGAUUAUUUGGAGGUUCUUUUAUUUGCCUCCUUUUGGCAUCCUGUUUCCCAGCUCUUCUCUGCAAUCCUCAGGACUAGAAAUGUACCUUUAAAAAAAAAAAAAAAAAAAAAAGCUGAGUCUCCCAUAAUAACAGGACUCCAGAAGCUUGGGCUUUAAGAAAACCACCAAAUAUCAUGAUGCCUGGGACAAAAUUGCAGGAGCUGAUAAUGCCAUAAAAAUCCCCUCAAAAUGCCAAUAAAGGAAAGGUGGUGGGUACAAAAAAUGUAACACCAUUUGGGUUUUUCACAGUGGGGCUUCCUGAAAAAAUAUGUUGCCGGAAGGAGAGUAAUAAGAGUUCCAAAAUCGCCGCUUCUCCUCAGAGUUUUUCCUAAUAUUUAGCCUCAAUCUCUUUUGCUGCACUCAAGUCCUUUCCCUUUAACUUCCCGUUCCCAUGCUUUUAAAGUUUCGGCCUGGCAAAGAGAAACAGGGUUGGGAGGCGGGCACAGACCCUGACCUCCUUCCCCCCACGGAUCCAUUUCAUAGCUUGAAGCCAGCAGAGACCAUUAGAUCAUCCAGUCUGGCCCCUUUAUUUCACCCAGUUCCCCCACCUACUCUAGGGGUUAGGUGCAGAAGGGUGGGACAGGCGCACUGGCCACUGCAUGGGGUGGUCAGUUUGGCCCUAGAAGUGUUUUCACCCUUUUAAAGGCUUAAACCCAUAGAGAUCCUCCAGCUCUCCCGGUGCGGGGCGGGAGGGGGGAUUUAAUGCAGCAAGGACCUUCCUGUUGCCUGAAUCCUGGCGGUGUCUGAUCUCUGCUGCCUGGGUCCCCCAGCUCCAGGGGGGACGCCGCUCUGCCCGGAGAGCCCAAGAGACUCAAGCAACCCCCCAGCAGGAGCGGUGGUGUGUUCCUAAUCCUGACACCCUCUCUCGCAUGGAAGAACCCUGUGUCUCAACUCUCCGGGACCCCAGCAAAUGGCUGAAUCCAAGAGGUGCCUGCAAAGAUCACCAGAUCCUGAGCCAAACUGAGGAGGAGACCCCACAGUGGGAAGGCACUGGGAAAGCAGAGAGAACUGGAGGGGACGUCUCACAGCAGAUCCAGCCUGGGGCAGGGGGAAACCCUGUGGAGCAGGAUCACCAUGCCUCCGCCACCGCACUGGGGGCCGGGGAAAACUCCACAGAGCGGGAUCUCCAAGAUGUCACCACCAGGAGACCUGGAGGGGACAUCUCCCAGCAGAGCUUGUGUGGGGCUGGGGAAAACCCCACUGAGCGGGAUCUCCUAGACCCACUGGCAUCCCGGCGUCCCAGCGCCUGUGCCGACUGCGGGAAAACCUUCAGCCUGAGCUCGAAUUUGCUGCGUCACCGUCGUGCCCACCUGGGUCAGAAGCCCUACCGGUGCGUUGAAUGCGGCAAGGCCUUCGCCCAGAGCCAGCACCUCCUGGCCCACCAGCGGGUCCACACGGGCGAGCGUCCCUUCCUCUGCACCCAGUGCGGGAAGAGCUUCUCCCAGAGCCAGCACCUGCGCACCCACCGGCAGACCCACGGGGGCCAGCGGCCCCACCAGUGCCCCGAGUGCGGGCAGAGCUUCAGCCAGACCUCCAACCUCCUCAAACACCGCCGGGGCCACCUGGGCCACAAGCCUUUCCAGUGCGCCCAGUGCGGCAAAGGGUUCGGGGAGAGCUCCACCCUGAUCCGCCACCAGCGCACCCACACCGGCGAGCGGCCCUACCGCUGCCCGGCCUGUGGCAAGGCCUUCAGCCAGAGCUCCAACCUCCUCAAGCACCAGCGCACCCACACCGGCGAGCGGCCCUACCGCUGCGAGCAGUGCGGCAAGGCCUUCGGCAAGAGCUCCGCCGCCAUCCUGCACCAGCGCACCCACACCGGCGAGCGGCCCUACCCCUGCCCCCAGUGCGGCAAGCGCUUCAGCCAGCGCCCCCACCUGGCCGCCCACUGCCGCGUCCACACCGGCGAGAAGCCCUUCGCCUGCCCCCAGUGCGGCCGCAUCUUCAGCCAGAGCGCCACCCUGAGCCGGCACCGCCGCACGCACCGGCAGGAGGGGGAGCUGGCAGGGGAGGUGCCCCGGCCGGGAGGAGACAGGGGGGGCGGAGAAGGAGGCGCCGUGCGAGAGCAGUGCGCGGCGGGGGGAGCGCGUGGCCGAGGAGCACCGAUACGGCUACUCCGGCCUGUGACAUACUUGGACUGCGGAAACAGCGUCACAGAUGUAAAGACCGGGCGCUAGCUCAAAGCUCAAGUAACCAUACCUCCAACUGGUGGUAUUUCCAUCACAGUAGGCUCCAGAACAUGGUGGGCGUUGUACAGAUUUUUUUCCCCCCCUUCUCUUCUCUUGUGUUAUUUCUUGACUUACUUCCUAUCCUCAGGGAUUGUUUUCUUCUUUGGGAGAGAAGCGAGAAUGGCAGAACUAAAGACUUCCCAGUGCUAGUGGAUGGCGGGGGAAUUGAACCUGGGACUUAUGUAUCUUGACGCGUGGGCCUGCACUGUCCGAGCUAAAAGAGCAUCUUCACUCAGCCAAGGCUGUUAUGUGCUGAUAUAACCUCCCAGCUACCUCGAGAAGGAACCAGCACACAGCUCUGAGUGUGGGUUAAAUCAGCUUCUCUUCUAAGCGUUGAUUUAAAGCAGCAGGCCACAUGGACUUAAACAGAAAGACUGCGUGAG